CCCUACAUUUUUUCUUCAAAAGCAGUAGCCAGCUUGAGUGUUCUUCUCUGCUUGUGAGAGUGAGUGAGCUCACAAUCUCAUAAACCCACCAUGAGAACAGAUAUAGAAAGCCUCUGGAUCUUCGCUCUAGCUUCAAAAUGCAAAGCUUUCACUUCUCUCAACUCAAUAUGGUCUACUCUCUUGUUCACUGCUUUGGUUUGGGUAGUCCUGAGCUUGAUUUACUGGGCUUACCCAGGUGGUCCAGCUUGGGGCAAGUACAGGUUCAAAAAAGGCCUCAAUAUGAGAUUCAUGACUAAGCCAAUCCCGGGACCGAAAGGUGUCCCAGUGAUUGGCAGCAUGAACCUCAUGUCAGGCCUCGCGCACCGCCGGAUUUCAGCUAUCGCCGAGGCUUGCCAUGCGAAACGUCUUAUGGCUUUCAGCCUCGGCGAUACACGAGUUAUUGUAACAUGCAAUCCGGAGGUGGCGAGAGAGAUUCUGAACAGCUCGGUGUUUGCAGACCGUCCUGUGAAAGAGUCGGCUUACAGUCUCAUGUUCGACAGAGCAAUUGGGUUCGCUCCCUACGGCGUUUACUGGCGAACUCUUCGCCGAAUAGCCGCCAAUCAUCUCUUCUGUCCGAAGCAAAUCAAAGCCACAGAAUCACAAAGGUUCGAGAUCGCCGAUCAGAUGGUGGCAAUGUUCCGUGGAAGCACCGGAGAUAUCAGUGUUCGCAACGCACUCAAGCGAGCCUCUCUUAACAACAUGAUGUGCUCUGUUUUCGGACGCCAAUACGGACUCGGGUCAACCAACCCGGAAACCGAGGAGCUGAGGGAGCUUGUUGAUGAAGGGUAUGAACUUCUGGGUACGGUCAAUUGGUCGGAUCAUCUUCCUUGGUUAGCAGACUUCGACCCGCAAAAAGUUCGGUUCAGGUGCUCCAAACUUGUACCCAAAGUUAACCGGUUUGUCAGCCGGAUCAUCCGAGAGCACAAGGAAAAACCCGGCCAGCUAAACCGUGACUUCGUCGAUGUUUUGCUAUCUCUUCAAGGACCCGACAAACUAUCCGACUCCGACAUGAUCGCCGUCCUUUGGGAAAUGAUUUUUAGGGGAACAGAUACAGUGGCAGUUCUAAUCGAGUGGAUAUUAGCAAGGAUAGUACUCCAUCCUGAUGUUCAAUCAAGCGUCCAUGACGAGCUAGACAAGGUAGUAGGACAAUCACGUGUUGUUACGGAGACUGAUAUAACCGAGAUGGAAUACUUACCUGCGGUCGUGAAGGAGGUGCUUAGGCUACACCCGCCAGGCCCACUCUUGUCAUGGUCUCGUCUAGCGAUCACAGACACCACCAUUGAUGGCCAUCAUGUCCCCAUGGGGACCACUGCAAUGGUGGACAUGUGGGCCAUCAUGCGAGACCCUGAAGUCUGGUCAGAUCCACUUGUAUUUAAACCCGACAGGUUUGUUAAUACAUCAGAUUCUAAUUUCUCAGUGCUUGGAUCGGAUCUUAGGCUCGCUCCGUUUGGAUCGGGUAGGCGAACUUGUCCGGGUAAGACCUUGGGCUUGACCACAGUUACUUUUUGGGUGGCCUUAAUUUUACAAGAGUUCGAAUUACGAUCGUCAGAUCAAAGUGUCGUUGACUUGUCAGAGGUAUUGAAGUUGUCCUGUGAGAUGAGAAAUCCGCUUAUCGUUAACGUGCGCCCUAGGCGCACGCUAAGUUUGUUGUCCUCCUAAAUAGUAUGUUAAUUUGUAAGUGUUAAAAUAAAAAAAAAAUAAAAAAUAAAAACAUGUUUAGGGAUUCCAAAAUCUUCAAACCUUUAGCCCC